GGUUAGUUUGCGCCAAGAUGGCGGCACCCAUUGAAUCGCACCGUUUUGCUUAUGUGGAACUAUUAACUGCAAAACACAACAAACAAAAUGUAUUGUGUGAAUUUUGAAGAGAUGCACAAAGUUGACUGCGAGUAACACCAUUUUAUUUUACAUAAUUAAUUUUUGUAUAAAUGGCUGUGCAUUCAUGGUGUUACGGAUUUAUGUUGUUUUGACCUGCCGGCUUUUUUUUGUACAAAUUUUCUGCAAAGCGUCGAGCAAGAGGAACUUCAUCUCCCGGCACAAUGGCAUCUGGCUCAGUCCUGCAGCCACGGUGGAAGCGGGUUUUGGGUUGGUCCGGUCCUGUCCCCCGGCCCCGACAUGGGCACCGUGCGGUUGCAAUCAAAGAAUUGAUGGUCGUUUUCGGGGGGGGCAAUGAAGGAAUUGUGGAUGAGUUGCACGUUUAUAACACAGCGACCAACCAGUGGUUCAUUCCUGCUGUCCGUGGUGAUAUCCCGCCUGGCUGUGCUGCGUAUGGUUUUGUGUGCGAUGGCACCAGGCUGCUGGUGUUCGGAGGGAUGGUGGAAUAUGGCAAAUACAGCAACGAUCUGUAUGAACUGCAGGCUAGCCGCUGGGAGUGGAAGCGUCUGAAGGCCAAAUCUCCUAAGAACGGCCCUCCUCCCUGUCCCCGUCUGGGCCACAGCUUCUCCCUGGUAGGGAACAAAUGCUACCUUUUCGGAGGACUGGCUAACGACAGCGAGGACCCCAAGAACAACAUCCCCAGAUACCUGAACGAUCUGUAUACGUUGGAGCUGCGUGCCGGCUCUAGUGUGGUGGGCUGGGACAUCCCCAUCACCUACGGGGUGUUGCCCCCGCCCAGAGAGAGCCACACCGCCGUCGUCUACACAGAGAAGUCCCGUCUGGUCAUCUAUGGAGGCAUGAGUGGUUGUCGUCUGGGGGAUCUGUGGAUCUUAGACAUAGACACCCUCACAUGGAAUAAGCCCUCGAUCAACGGAACAGCUCCUCUCCCUCGCAGUCUCCACUCUGCCACAACUAUCACCAACAAGAUGUUCGUGUUCGGAGGCUGGGUUCCCCUGGUGAUGGAUGACGUCAAAGUAGCGACACACGAGAAGGAGUGGAAGUGCACUAACACACUGGCCUGUCUCAACCUAGACUCGAUGGUGUGGGAGUCAGUUCUACUGGACUCUCUAGAGGAUAAUAUCCCUCGGGCCCGAGCUGGACACUGCUCCGUGGCCAUCAACUCACGUCUGUACGUCUGGAGCGGACGGGACGGCUACCGCAAGGCCUGGAACAACCAGGUGUGCUGUAAGGACCUCUGGUACCUGGAGACAGAGAAGCCCCGCCCCCCGUCGAGGGUACAGCUGGUGAGAGCCAACACCAGUAGCCUGGAGGUGAGCUGGGGGGCGGUACCUACUGCAGACACCUACCUGUUACAGCUGCAGAAGUACGAUAUCCCCCCCGCCCCGGCCGCCACCACGCCCGGCGUCAGCCCCGCGACGCCACUGCCGGUCAAUUCCUCCCCCAAAAGCCCCGUCUCGGCCUCGGCAGUGUCCGCCCAGGGCCACCCUCUCCAGGGCAUCACCUUGGUCCCCUCCAUGCCUGGGAGUCCAGUUCCUGCUCGCGGACCAGCUAUUCUUAAGGUGUCUGCUCCCCAUUCCACCACAGGCGCCUCCAUCGUCACGGUGAGACAGGCCAACCAGGGCGGGAAAUCCCCUGUCAUGGUUACAUCACUUCCUGCUGGGGUCCGAAUGGUGGUGCCGGCCCAGGUCGCACAGGGAACCCCAAUGGGCAGCAGCCCUCAGAUGAGUGGCAUGGCUGCGUUGGCUGCAGCAGCUGCGGCCACUCAGAAGAUCCCGCCCUCCACGGCCACCAUGCAGCUGCCAGCCGGUGCCACCAUAGUCAAGACAGUAGCCAUGAGCCCUGGCGCACAGACUGUCAAAGUAGCUUCGCCUGUUAUGAUUAGUAACCCAGCUACUCGCAUGCUGAAGACUGCUGCGGCUCAGGUGGGCACGUCAGGUGUCGCCACACCCGGAACGCCCAAUCGGCCAAUCAUCACCGUGCACAAGUCUGGCACGGUGACAGUUGCCCAGCAACACCAGGUGGUUACCACGGUAGUGGGAGGAGUCACCAAGACCAUCACUCUGGUUAAGAGUCCCCUCACUCUGGGGGGAGGUGGCACGCUGCUGACCGCGGCCAACCAGGGUCAAAACAAAGUGAUGUCUGGGAAGGACGUGCAGCAUUGGCUGUCUAACCUGUCCAACCUGGGGAAGGUGAUGUCCGUGGUCCAGACCAAGCCUGGUCAGACAGGAGCAGUUACGGGACAGGCUGGGUCCAGCCUCCAGCACAUCCUACAGACGAAGGGUCCUCUUCCGGCGGGUACUAUCCUGAAGCUGGUGACGUCAGCCGACGGCACGCCCACCACCAUCAUCACCACUUCCAAGGCCGGGGCCACCGUAGGGGGCAAGCCCACCAUCUUGUCCUACAGCAGCAUGCCUACCUCCACCUCCAAGCCGGGCACCCACAUUAUCAAGACCAUACCCAUGUCCUCCAUCGGACAAACUGGAGUGACAGGAAGUGGUAUGAAGUCCCCCAUUACCAUCAUUACCACUAAGAUGAUGACACCAGGCACCGGGACACCAGGCAAGAUCAUCAGCGCAAUGCCCAGAACUGGGGCUGGUCAACAGGGACUCACACAGGUGGUGCUGAAGGGUGCCCCAGGACAACCCGGAACUAUUUUACGGACCGUCCCCAUGGGAGGUGUACGUCUCGUCUCCCCGGUAACGGUUUCCGGUGUCAAACCUAACGUCACCACCCUGGUCGUCAAGGGAACCACAGGUGUGACUACGUUGGGUACGGUGACUGGCACAGUGUCGACCAGCCUGGCAGGAGGAAGUGUUGCCACCGUUGCUCCUAUCACCACCUUAGGCACCAUGACGACCCUGCCAGGACAGGUCACUGUCUCCGCAGCACAGGCAGGAGGCCAGGCCACCCAGGUGACCUUAAUCACUUCCCCUAGCGGUGUGGAGGCUCAGCCUGUCCAUGACCUUCCUGUCUCCAUCCUGUCGUCCCCCACCUCUGCCGACCCCUCCUCCACCCAGCCUGAGGCAGGCGACCCAGGAACAGUAACCCUGGUCUGCUCAAACCCCCCCUGCGAGACCCACGAGACCGGCACUACUAAUACAGCUACCACGGCCUCCGCUAACAUGACUGGUAAUGGUGGGGUGGAGAGGGUGUGUUCAAACCCGCCAUGCGAAACCCACGAGACCGGCACCACCAACACUCAAACGACAGCGUCCUCCAACAUGGGCCAGGUACAGCAGGUGUGCACCAACCCGCCGUCAGAGACCCACGAUACAGGUACCACCAACACCCAGACCACCGCCAGCUGUAACAUGGGAUCCAACCAGCAACAACAAGGCUCCUGCGUAACCAACAACGCCAGCGGGUCUGAUCCCCCGUCCUCUCCGCCCUCCUCCUCCGGAGACCUCUCCCCCUCGUCUGUUUCUGGUACCAGCUCUGUGCCCGGGGUGCUACGACCGGAGACUUUGAGAACAGGGACCACCUACACCUCGACCACCGCACGCUCUAACAUGGGCUCUGACCAGAUGGGCAUGACGCUCAGCUCCUCGUCCUCAGAUAACCAGAGCAAGUCAUCCAGCGGAGGAGGAGGAGGAGGAGGAUCCCCCCUCACAUCUCCUGUCUGCUCCAAUCCACCUUGUGAAACACACGAGACUGGAACUACCACUACGUCGACGCAGGCCAACUCCAGUAUAGGCAUCGGGCAGACUACAGGGACAGUGCAAAAGGUGUGUUCCAAUCCUCCGUGUGAAACACACGAAACAGGGACGACCAACACCCCGUCUCAGACUACGUCCAACCUGACAGGAACGGGCACGGUCCAGAGAGUGUGUUCCAGUCCUCCGUGUGAAACACACGAAACAGGGACGACCAACACCCCGUCUCAGACUACGUCCAACCUGACAGGAACGGGCACGGUCCAGAGAGUGUGUUCCAGUCCUCCGUGUGAAACACACGAAACAGGGACGACCAACACCCCGUCUCAGACUAUGUCCAACCUGACAGGAACGGGCACGGUCCAGAGAGUGUGUUCCAAUCCACCGUGUGAAACACACGAGACCGGCACCACCAACACCCCGUCUCAGACUACGUCCAACCUGACAGGAACGGGCACGGUCCAGAGAGUGUGUUCCAAUCCACCGUGUGAGACACAUGAGACCGGCACCACCAACACAGCUACCACAGCCCAGCCUGGUGACUCGACACAAGGAGACAACGGAACUCAAGAGGCUCCCUCGUCGUCCUCGGCAACCACCGAGUCCAGCGCAUCGACGACAUCUGGCAGAGCCGUCACCACAGUUACUCAGUCCACUCCCACACCUGGGCCCUGCGUACCUGAGAUCUCAUCAAUGUCUGGGUCGUCCGAGGCGGUGGCAUCGAGGGCUGAAGAGGAAGAAGAGGCCAUGCAGACCGACUCUCUCCCAGAGGGCACAGUGAGGGUUGUGACCCUGGAAGAGGCUGCUGCAGCUGGGAUACAUGUCCAUGUGGAGGACAUGGAGGAACAGAACCAGGGCGAGCAGGAGGGCCUGCCUGCGGAGCUGAUGUCUGAAGGUGGCUCGGGGGGCCAGCAGACCCUGAUGGUGACGGGUUUAACCCCCGAGGAGCUGGCUGUUACCGCUGCAGCCGAGCAGGCAGCACAACACGCUGCUACUGAGGAGGCCCAGGCCAAGGCCAUACAGGCUGUCUUACAGGCCGCACAGCACGCUGUCAUGAAUGAAGGAGACGGUGGCCAUCACACCACCACCAUCCCCAUUGUGUUGACUCAGGCUGAGCUGGCAGCCCUGGUACAACAACAGCAGCAGCUGCAGGAGGCCCAGGCUCUUGCUCAGGCCCAGGCUCUUGCUCAGGCCCAGGCUCUUGCUCAGGCCCAGGCUCUUGCUCAGGCCCAGGCCCAAGCCGCAGCAGCACAACACAACCAGGCAGCAGCACAACACAACCAGCCCACCGAGGGCCUGGCCCCAGCAGACAGCCUGAACGACCCAGCGUCAGAGAGUAACGCCGAUGAGCUGGCUGCUGCAGUGACCCAGGCUGUGGCCCGAUUAGCUCCGUCCUGCACCUUAACCCCCACUCAGACAAUGAUGGUGACCAGCCCGGCUAAGAUACAGGCAGCUACAACCAUGGCAGAGGUGGUCAAUGGAAUAGAGUCUGCCGCUGGGAGGCCAGCACCGCCUCCUGCGGUGGCCAAAGCCCCGCUGAAGAAAGACAACCAGUGGUUCGACGUUGGCAUCGUCAAGGUUACCAACACGGUGGUCACGCACUACUACGUACCCGACGAAGACGCGGCUGCCGUUGAUGAUGACUCUGGGACGAUCCCGGACUACAGUCAGAUGAGGAAGAUGGAUCUCCAGCCAGGGACGGCCUAUAAAUUCAGAGUGGCCGGGAUCAACACCUGUGGUCGAGGGAACUUCUCAGAGGUCUCGGCCUUCAAGACGUGUCUACCGGGCUUCCCCGGAGCUCCCUGUGCUAUCAAGAUCAGCAAGAGCCCAGAUGGCGCCCACCUGACCUGGGAGCCUCCGUCGGUCACAUCUGGUAAGAUCAUUGAGUACUCGGUGUACCUGGCCAUCCAGAGCGCCCAGAGCGGGGAGCAGGCCAAGCCCACCACCACCACCACCCCAGCCCAGCUGGCUUUCAUGCGGGUGUUCUGUGGGCCCAACCCUUCCUGCCUGGUGCAGUCGUCCAGCCUCUCCAACGCACACAUAGACUACACCACCAAGCCUGCCAUCAUCUUCCGCAUCGCAGCCCGCAACGAGAAAGGUUACGGCCCUGCCACGCAGGUCAGGUGGCUCCAAGAGAUUAGUAAAGAUGGCCUUCCAGGUAAACCUACCGUCAAGAGACCAGGUUCCUCACCUGACAUGAAACCUGCUGGUCCGAAGAAGGCCAGAUCAGACCAGUGAGGUGUUACGUUCCUCUCCCCUUGUUGUCCAUGAUGACUAUGACUGAACUGAAUACAACACCUUCCUACUGAAUACAAUACCGCAGGCUCCACCUAGUCCCCGGACUCCAACCUCUACCAGAACCCCAUCUAACUCUACAACAGCACAUCCUGAACCCAGACCAGGCCCCCCAUCCUGAACCCAGACCAGGCCCCCCAUCCUGAACCCAGACCAGGCCCCCCAUCCUGAACCCAGACCAGGCCCCCCAUCCUGAACCCAGACCAGGCCCCCCCAUCCUGAACCCAGACCAGGCCCCCCCAUCCUGAACCCAGACCAGGCCCCCCCAUCCUGAACCCAGACCAGGCCCCCCCAUCCUGAACCCAGACCAGGCCCCCCCAUCCUGAACCCAGACCAGGCCCCCCCAUCCUGAACCCAGACCAGGCCCCCCCAUCCUGAACCCAGACCAGGCCCCCCCAUCCUGAACCCAGACCAGGCCCCCCCAUCCUGAACCCAGACCAGGCCCCCCCAUCCUGAACCCAGACCAGGCCCCCCCAUCCUGAACCCAGACCAGGCCCCCCCAUCCUGAACCCAGAUCAGGCCCCCCCCAUCCUGAACCCAGACCAGGCCUCCCCAUCCUGAACCCAGACCAGGCCCCCCCAUCCUGAACCCAGACCAGGCCCCCCCAUCCUGAACCCAGACCAGGCCCCCCCAUCCUGAACCCAGACCAGGCGCCCCCAUCCUGAACCCAGAUCAGGCCCCCCCCAUCCUGAACCCAGACCAGGCCUCCCCAUCCUGAACCCAGACCAGGCCCCCCCAUCCUGAACCCAGACCAGGCCCCCCCAUCCUGAACCCAGAUCAAGCCCGACCACCCAUCAGUCACAAAAUGGCUGGAAAAUAGAUAAAGCUGAGAAACACCAGAUCCCCUGCCCUCAUCACUGGAUGUUGUGGUGCCAUGGACGCCUUAUUUCAUUCUUCUGUAUUUCUUCUUCUUCUUAUUAUUAUUAUUUUUAUUAUUAUUAUUAUUGAUAUUUACUUGUUUAAACCAUGGAAAGCACAUAAUUAACUUUUUUAUUUUCCUAUGAUAUGAUUUUCUGUGGAAUACAAAAAAAACGGUUCGGUCUGGUUUAAUUGUUGUUGCUAGAUAGUUCUCUAGUCUCGUUCAUGCGUUUCCUCUCCCCUGUUAAUCUACACAAGCAAUAGACAACACAAAUAACUGCUCAUAAUAUAAUCUAGUGUAUCUCAUUAUUGGAGGGCGGGGGCAUCAGUAGGUUGCAUUCAGAAGAAUCAGACGGUUGGAACAUAAGAAGAUGACGUCAUUGUCACAUCGUCAUAGAGAUGUAAUAAAUACACCAAACGGACAGCAGGUCGCUGGGGAAGAGGACAAGUGUUCCCCAUUCCAAGGGAAUCCUCAUCGACCAAUCAAUACUCUGUAUCUGUCCUGGCUGUCAUCUUGCUUUGUGACAUCACUGUGUUUUUAAUGUGUAGCUAUGUCAGAGAGGAGACUGAGUUAAAGGAUUAGCUUCAGAAAAAAAAUACCUGUGGUUCAUGUAGGUUUAGGAGACUGCUUUAUUCUCUCUCUAGUUGACAAUCUACUCCGGUAGUUUCUCUCUGACAGUGAUUUGGCUGACUGCCAGGGUGUGACAGUGAUUUGGCUGACUGCCAGGGUGUGACAGUGAUUUGGCUGACUGCCAGGGUGUGACAGUGAUUUGGCUGACUGCCAGGGUGUGACAGUGAUUUGGCUGACUGCCAGGGUGUGACAGUGAUUUGGCUGACUGCCAGGGUGUGACAGUGAUUUGGCUGACUGCCAGGGUGUGACAGUGAUUUGGCUGACUGCCAGGGUGUGACAGUGAUUUGGCUGACUGCCAGGGUGUGACAGUGAUUUGGCUGACUGCCAGGGUGUGACAGUGAUUUGGCUGACUGCCAGGGUGUGACAGUGAUUUGGCUGACUGCCAGGGUGUGACAGUGAUUUGGCUGACUGCCAGGAUGAAACAACCCAAUACUUAUUUUAUAACCUUAUUUGACCGUUUUAGAAUUGGUGGUUUAAGGAACGAAGGACUUUUUGUACUUGUUCUGCUGCAGAACAUAAGAUUUGUCAGAAAAAGAGGAGUGGAUUGUUUUAUUUUAGUUUACUUUUUUUAUUUUAUUAAAGAAAUUAAUUUGCUGGAAAAAAAUAUUUAUUUUUAGCCCCCCCCCCCCCCCUCGAUAUUCCGUAGUAGAAUUAAUUUGUUGGAAUUCAAAAAGGUUAUUUUUUAUUUUCCCAAUGCUUGUUUUCGUUUCUUUCUUUUUUAGAUAAAUCCCAGUUUAUUCCACCCCCAAAUUGUGGAGGAAGUUUUCGUAUUCAUAAACAUUGACAUUUUGUUUUUGGUGUAUUAUGUGUUAAGGUAUGCAAUUGUGUAACGUGUCGAGUGUUUUCCACGUAGUCUUUUUUUUGUUGAGCGGAACGGUUUUUUAGUUACCUAAGUGUGGAUAUGAUGGCAGGAAGAGUGAUUGAUUGGCGCAGCUAGUAUCGGCUCAGUUGUAAAUACGUUCCUUCAAGUAGCAAGAAGUUACAAAUAAAUAAAUUAAACGUAAAAAAUAAAUAAAAAAAUGGCUUUUUAUAUAAUAAUCUGUAACAAAAUUGGCUUUUAUAUGUUUGUCAUCUCGGUUGCUUUGUCUAGAUAUAAAAGAAUUAAAAAGGAACUGUCUUCCUGCUCUGUCUUGUUCUCGCUUCUGUUUUUCCUCAUUGACUAUAAUGCAGAACCCCCUUCUUCUUGAUAUCGUUGUUAUGGUUAUAAUGCCCAAGUUGCGUUGGCAGGCAGGGAGGUCAGGAGGUUGUAUUAAGAACCAAACAUAGAAAUAGAAUCUAGAAUAGAUUGUGUUGAAUAGAUUAUAUUUCUAUGGAAGCAACAGCUAGCUGAUGGAGAUUUGAGCUUUGUUCAAUCUGAUCUGACAGAUGUUUGGGUAUUAAACUGUUUGUGAAUAUUACUAUGGAAAAUAAAACUUUUUAGUGCAUCCUUUUCUUACAA